AUGCCUAUUCAGGAUUUCUUGCAGCAGGUUGAUCGUCGGCGCUUCGGCACCGGCAUGGCCUUGCUGGUCCUGCUUGCCUUCUAUUCGCCCCUUUCAAAGCUGGUGUUGUCUCCAACCUAUGGAUAUCUCCCCUCGAAGAUCUUCCAUAGCUUUGGAGUGGCCAUUUCUGGUGGACUCGGGUGGUUGCUUAAGGACAAGAUCCUGAGACGCCUGGGUCGCCUUGGUGGCUACUUGCUCCCCGUGCUGGCAUUCUGGGUUCCUACUAUCCAGUACCUGAUCAAGCAGCAGAGCUCUAAGAUCGGCAACCCAACUGGUCCAGUGAUCACGGAGCUGUGCGGAUAUUACCCCCUGGUCUUUUUGACAGUAGCCUAUGCCGGAAAGCAGAUUCAGACCUCCCUGAGGCUUGAGGCACAAGGUGACCUGGUAGCCGAGCAUGUGCCCUUGAUUGGCACAUACGUUCUCUACUCCAUUGGUGACCAUUUCGCUACGAUGCUUCUCUCGUGGAUAGUGGGAACUACAUUCAUGUUUACCAGAGUUGGCAUGCAGAUUCUUCUUGCCAUCUGCUACUCUGCUUUGAUUCCGUCUAAAUGGCUGGCCUUGGCAAUUCCUUCUAUCAUUUUCUCGGUGACCUCCAAUGUUCACUUUGCUGGAAUCAAUGGUGUCAACUCUGCUAUCCAACACGAAGGAUACACCCUCCUGGCCCGACAGGAAGCUUACACCGGAUACAUCUCCGUUCUCGAGAACGACAAUGACGGGUUCCGCGUCAUGCGCUGCGAUCACAGCCUGCUUGGCGGCCAGUGGACCAAGCAAGUCCCCGGCUACCACCCCGAGGUUGAAGACCCCAUCUAUGCAAUCUUCGCCAUGCUGGAAGCCGUUCGCUUGGUUGAACCUGAUCAUGGCGUCCCCCGUGUCGACGCAGACAGCAACGCUCUCGUCAUUGGCCUUGGAAUCGGUACUACCCCUGCUGCACUGAUCAAGCACGGCAUUGAGACCACCAUUGUCGAGAUAGACCCUGUUGUGCACAAAUUCGCCACUCAGUAUUUCAACCUUCCAUCGAACCACAUUCCCGUGAUUCAAGAUGCAGUCAAGUUCGUCAAAAAUGCCGAGUCUUCCUCCAAAUCGCCGCAAUACGACUACAUUGUCCAUGACGUGUUCACCGGUGGCGCUGAGCCCGCUGAACUGUUUACCUAUGAGUUCCUCACGGGCCUGCACUCUCUCCUCAAAGAUGACGGUGUUAUUGCUAUCAACUAUGCCGGCGAUCUGACUCUAUACCCAACUGGCCUCGUUGUCCGCACAGUCCAAGCCGUCUUCCCGUCCUGCCGUAUCUUCCGCGAGGCUCCUGCCGGCAAUGAAGAAGAUUCCAAGUUCACCAACAUGGUUCUGUUCUGCAAGAAGACCAAGACACCACUCCAGUUCCGCGAUCCGGUCCCGGCAGACUACCUGCGCAGCAGGUCUCGUCAAAGCUACCUUGUUCCUGAGCAUGAACUGGACCCUGCUAUGUUCAAGUCCUUCCCUAAGGGUGGCAGGCCGCUGCUUUGGGCCAAGGAAGCUGGCAGACUACACAAGUACCAAGACCGCAGUGCUCUGGCCCACUGGUCUAUCAUGAGAAACGUUCUGCCCGAUGCUGUCUGGGAAAACUGGUGA